AUGCUAUGGCGUACUCUGAAGUCGCCGCUGCGUUUCACGGGCGAUAUACUCCCUCACCCUCCGCACCUAAGGUUGUCCUUUCCCCAGACUCGAAUCCCCGUCCCCUCGUUGGGCGUGCGAGGCCUUCAUGACCAGAAGGCAACGGACACAACAGCACCGCCGCCAACCGUCCCUCAUGAGAGACUCAUAGCAGGAACCCAUGAAGUUCAGCUCGACAAACCUAUCAGAGUAACGGGCCUUGUCCGCAGCAUCCGGAAACAAAAGAAGGUCGCUUUUGCUCGGAUAGGCGAUGGCUCGACUCUGGCGAACAUCCAAGCCGUGUUUCCAGAUCCACAGCUAGCAAAGGACAUAACCAAUGGGGCAUAUGUCGCGCUUAUUGGAAAAUGGAUCCCAUCUCAAGGAGCCGGGCAGAGUCACGAACUGAGGGUGGAAGAUAUCGAGACAAUAGGCGAAGGCAAUACCUCUGACAAUCCCAUCCAGAAACAGUCCAUGUCGACGGAUUUCCUGCGAACCGUGCCCCAUCUACGCAUGCGCACGGCGUUUCAUUCGCUGGUCAACCGGACUCGAAGCCAUCUGAUCUCUUCCAUCAGCUCCUUUUUCUCCCACCACGCCGAAAACCCAGUUUAUCAAGUGCUGCCGCCUCUCAUCACCUCCUCGGACUGCGAAGGCGCCGGCGAAGCUUUCACCAUCUCCCCACAGAGUCAUGGCCAAACGCCUGGGACAAGCGAGGCAGCGUCCAAGGAGCAGCAGAAGAUGUACUUCCGGGAGCCGAAAUAUUUGACCGUCUCGUCACAGUUACAUCUCGAGGCGCACGCCGCCGAGCAGGGAGCCGUUUUCGCAUUCUCGCCGACAUUCCGUGCCGAAGAGAGCGACACACCUCGACACCUUUCAGAGUUUUACAUGCUCGAGGCCGAGUAUCGGCACGUAUCAUUCGAGGAGCUGAUUGCGCGGGUGGAAAACCUCGUGAAACAUCUGGUGCGUUCUCUCCAGUCGCACCAGACGGGCCAGGAGCUCCUGGAAUACUACGCCGAUCAGAAGCAUCGAUCCACCGACGCAGAAUUUGUCGAUCUAGCCGUCCGAUGGGAGAGGUUACUGGGUAAUUGGCACGUCCUGGACUAUACAUCAGCGAUGAGCGCACUCGAGAAAGCGUAUGAGUCGAGCAACGGAGAGCUGUUCGUCCAUCGACCUCGGUGGGGACAGGGAUUACAAUUGGAGCAUGAACGAUGGGUAGUGGUCAACCUUGCAGACGGCCAGCCAGUGUUUGUGACGCAUUACCCCAAGGCUGUCAAGCCAUUUUAUAUGCUUCCCUCCUCGGCGAUAGCAGCUGCAGAAUACACAGACGGGGACGCUCAUCGAGCAACGGUCGCGUGCUUCGACCUACUCCUUCCAUUCGGAUACUGCGAGACCGUCGGUGGGAGCCUGAGAGAGCAUCGGCUAGAGCAGCUUAUCGGUUCUAUGCGUGAGAAGGGGCUCCUGAAGCACGUGGAAACGACACCAGGCAGCAAUGGUAACGGGAAUGGUAACGGCAACGGCAAUGGCAAUGGCUAUCCAUUUCUUCGGCCCGGAGAAAGCCUGGGCAACUUGAAGUGGUAUGCCGACCUCCGACGGUUUGGAAGCAGCCCGCAUGGAGGCUACGGGCUGGGAUUCGACCGCCUAGUCGCCUACUUGACGGGCGUGAGUAACUUGCGCGAGGUGGUCCCCUUUCCUAGGACAUGGGGGAGGGCGGACUGCUGA